AUAAUGAACAGCUGAUCAGCGAUCGGACGUGGCGAUGGACGGAACGGAUUGUCGAGUGACAAUUGAACAGGUGGUGGUUAAUUAGAAAGCGUCGAAACGCCGAAAAAUUCCGCCCCUGCUAAGACGGAAUUAGCACCGACAGGAACGUAUAUAGACCUUCUGUUUCCCAUCAGAACUUCGAACGCUGUUCGACAAAAAUGGAACUGUCAACAUAUCUCACGUUUCUCGCCUGCGUCUCGUUCAUCGCGAGUGCAAAUGCAAGUAUAUUAGAGUCCAACAAGCUGGCGAUAGUAAUACUGAGCCAAAAGGAAGGCUACAAUGCAGCCCAUGCUGAUUAUUUGAGGAAAAACAUCUAUGAGCAGGAUGACGCUCUUGAAGGAGAAUUGCCACACGUCGUAUUGUCCCAUGAACUUGACAUCAAAGGUUCCUGGACAAUAGUUCCGCUGUUGACUCAUUUGUCGAAUGAAUUUCCAGAUGUGGAAUGGUUCUUCUUUUGUUUGGAAAAUACUGUGAUUCGAUUAGAGAAGCUGUUGAAUGUUCUUGGAAAAUUUAGCUCGUCUGAGAAUGUAUGGAUUGGACACAUGCUUUAUGAUCGUGAACCUACUAUUAUUCAUCACUUUGCGCGGCACACUAAGAGAUUUAGGUAUCCACACAUGGCAUCUGGAUUUGCCAUGAGCGCUACGCUAUUAAAGAGUUUAUCUAAACGAGUCUCUGAGGGCAAGGAACCGAAGGCAGAUUUUUCUAUCGACGUAUCAUACGAAUUCGCGACCUUUGUCUUAAAUAGCACUGGCGCAAAGUUGACUCAUGUGUCUAAACUGUGCAUUGUGUCCGCCUCCGAUUGCGCCACGUAUCCCCGAUUCUUCCAUUCUUGCAGUUCUUCUGUAGCUCCAGAAAACAUUUAUUUCGCUGUUAAGACUUGCGCCAAAUUUCAUUUAGACAGAAUCCCAGUAGUUAAAAAGUCAUGGGCCAAGUACGAUUUGAACAUUGGAUAUUUCAGUGAUGCAGCCGACAAAAAUUUACGGGAGGCAUACAUCGUCCCGAAUACUACUAAAGGACACUGUGCUAAAACUUAUGCUAUCUUGCAAGAAGCCAGCAAAAUACUUAAAAAACGUAAUUUUGAUUGGCUUGCCAUUGUCGACGAUGACACUAUAUUCAGUGUAGUACGUUUAUUAAACUUGCUCACGUGCUACAAUCCUAAGCACGCAGUCGCGAUCGGCGAACGUUACGGAUUUCGUAUGUGGGACAGUCACUAUGGCUAUCAAUACUUAACUGGCGGUGCGGGAGUCGUGUUAUCAGCUCCCUUGGUUCAUCUGAUGGUAGAACCGGGCGCGUGCACUUGCCCAUCUGCGACUACUCCCGAUGACAUGUAUCUCUUUGGACUUUGUUUAUUGCGACUUGGAGUAGAAGGCGUGCAUUCUUCGAUGUUUCAUCAGGCACAACCUGUGGAUUAUCCUAAUGCUUAUUUGGCAUCUCAAGAACCUAUAUCAUUUCACAGAUUCUGGUCAGUUGAUCCUAAAGCUGUAUACAAUGAUUGGUUUGCAGAAGUAGACAAAGUCUUACCACUUGCAGAAGCAUCAAAACAUACAGAAUUAUAAAUAUAUGUGAAACAAAAAUUUUAUAGAAAUUUGCAAUAAAAAUGUUUCUUAUUUUUGUAUUUAAAAUC